AUGGCCUGGCUCACCCGUGCCCUUCUCCUUGGUCUAUGUGCCCAAAUCGUCAUCGCAAAGACGAGUACAAGCAAUAAGGACGCACCACAGCCAGCUCCCGUACCCAACGCCGAAGACGGCAAGAACAUCGCCUACGAACAAAUUGACAAGUCCCAAGUCAUCUACACCUCCAACACCACCUUCUCGGAUCCCAACAGUAUCCCACCCACCAACGGGUGGUGGUCAUCCAACAUCUGCGCCCAAAAAACCUAUUGUAUCUACACCAACCUUGGUCUAGGUCACGGGCGAGGUAUCGUGUUGCUUACCAAGUAUGCCGACUUUCAAAAGAUUGCGCGGCUAGACCAACACCUCGAUCAAGCCGAGGACCGGAUUGAGGCUUUCACCACUAUAACCAUCACUCCAGCAAAAGCGGAAGCAACCGGAGCAAAAGGGAAAGAAGACAGACAACGAGAAGAAGAAAAGCCCUUUUCAGAAAGUUUCAUCCUCUCCAAAGGCCCCGGACUAACCGCCACCAUUCCCCUACGACGCGGCAAGCCCCUGAUGAGCGCCGCCCCAGUGCUCUUAGUUCACAAGGACUUCUUCGUCGAUAUCUGGCGCAAAUCCGAGCGAAACAAGUUCCUCGAGAAAACCGUCUCCUUCCUCCCUCCCGCGACGCGAGAAGCCUUUGACAGACAACGCACCCUCUAUGUCCUCGCCCCAGACCAAGAGGAGAGAAAAAUAGAGCAAGUCCUCCUCGCCUCCCCUUUUGAAAUCGACCUCGGUUCCAACUCCAACUCCUACACCCCUUUCGGCCAGGCGACACUACAAACCGACCACUCAAAGCACUACAUCAACUACCCAUCCAUGUUCUUGUUUACCCACUCAUGCAGACCUAAUAUCGCAUUCCACAUCGACGGGACCUUAGCUCUGCGUACCACCGUUGCUCGCAAAGUUGCUCCCGGGGAGGAAUUAUCCAUAGCUUAUAUCGAUCCCCUGCUCCCGCGCAAGGAAAGGCAGGACAAACCCCACGGCCACCCGCACCCCAUGAGUCCCUCCCAAGAACUUUCCACCUCCGCCUCCUCCGCCGCCCGCCUCGCCUCCCUAGACCGCAUCCGCUCCCAACUCCGCAACCACGACUCUCCCCCCGUCCCUCCCGAAACAAUCGAGUACUUCCUCAAGCUAUACCUCGAAGAAGGACUAGAGUCCAAAAUGGCGGAAGCCUACGAGUUGGCUGCCACCAACUAUAAUUAUUUGGGAAAAGACGACGACAGGAAAGCAAAGAAGUAUGCCGAGUUGGCGGUGCAAGCGGCUAGGAUUGAAUACGGAGGGGAUGCGAAUGAGGUGGUGGCUAUGAGGAUUAUGGCAGGGGAUGUGAGGGGGCAUUGGAGUUGGGGGUAUAAGGUUCGAGGUAAGAAAGUGGGGGGUGGGUGA